CGUCACUUGACCUAAAUACCUAAACACACAGGUGUAUUCAUUGACACCUAGGACAAUAGCGGCUACUCCAACUCGAAAGUAGAAAUGUAAAUUCUGGCUGCGACGAGGAACUUCUUACAGAUUCAACAUGACCUGACUGUUAUUCGAUAAUGAAAAUCAACUUUGGGCAUGUGGAAUAACGUCAUUCCCCCAAAAACAUGGCAGAUGACGGAUAUUGUUCAAUACCAUCUCUGUAACCAUGACAACUUGGAGACUCAGUGUCCUGAUAACUUUAUUGUUGCCAUGGCUACCGGGACUAUUGGCCACAGACCAAUCAAAUUGUUUCCAAAACCAUGGAGAUUUAAACGAGCGAGAAAUGUACUACAAUGGUAAAAGCCUGACUAUUAUGCUGGAGAGCAGCCACAGUGUGUCCCAGAACAUCACCAACCAUCUGCUGAAAACGUUACUGACGGAGGUCAUAGGAUAUCGUCGCGUCCAAAUACAAAAUGAUUUUUCCAAUACACUCAACACUACCGCUAUACUCAACCGCAUGUCCGGCUGUUACAACACAGGAUGUUCUACCAAGUCCAAGUCCGUUGUACCACGCACAAUGGUGAACAUUGAGGUUCCGGUAGUGGCGGGAUUUUCGACUGACAGUUGGAGUCGGGCAGGGACAGUGAUAAGUGUUGGACCUCUUGGACCUCUGGGCAGACCUGGCUGGUACAUUGCUGACUAUACUAUCGAUAAGCUUUGGGAGACCGGACAGAUUGUUGAUCAUUGGCGGUCAUUCCUACUAGAGGAUGUGACCCAAAUCUUCUCCAUGUCUGACCAGUUGCCAGUCCUCCGAAACCUGACCAAGAAAACUAACGGCGGCUACCUAUGUAACUUCCAUGGCUGUGUCCAGGGAAUCUACUACGGUCCGAGGUGUCCACAAACUGACCGGUCCACUUGUGCCGUCCUGCUGGCAUCCUAUCCAGAUUGGAACAAAGAUGUCCUGAUUGGUCAGGUGGAGAAACUUGACCUACUUGUGAACAUCGCCUGGUUAGGAGAUCACUAUUGGUCAUAUAUAAGUGAACAAGUGGAACAGCGUCGUCCAGUCCUGCUUUUCGGACUACAUCCAGACAUCAUCGCCCUGGGCACCGAUUUUACCCGUAUCAGGUUCCCAACAUGCCGAACACUUCCCACGAACUUCCCUACUGGCUGUGAUUAUGAAACAAAUCAAUUUACAAAAUUUGUCUGGUCAAAAAUACAAACUAAUGCACCAGAGGCCUACCACGUUAUAUCAAAAUUCAAUUUUGAACAAUUGGAGUUUGAAUCUCUUCUCAAGAAUUACAGUAUUUCAAAAUCAGUUUCAGCUGUCGCUUGUGAUUGGUUAAAUCAAAAUAGACAUAAGUGGUUGUCAUGGAUACCGAAAAAUUUAUCAAUGAAACAGAAAAUUCAUUUACUUGGAUUUUUUCCUAUUACUGGAGUACAAUGGACACAGCCAGGGCUAGUGCAGGGAGCUCAGCUGGCAGUUAAUAGGGUGAACAAAGACCGGGGAGUUUUACCUAACCAUGACCUGGAACUCAUCAUUGUUGAUUCACAAUGUAAAGCAGAUGUGGCCAUGAGGGAGUACAUCAAGUAUAUACACAACUCAACGAAUCUCCAUAUUGGAGGUGUCUUAGGACCAGCAUGCUCCGAUGAAGCAGAAUCCAUUGCGUCCUUGGCCAAACACUUUUACAUGUUCACUGUGAGCUACAGUGCAGAGGCUUCAUCACUUUCUGAUAGAGUUACCUACCCUUACUUCUAUCGCACCAUUCCUCAAAUCAGUGUUCACAAGUAUGUGUACGAGCAAUUUUUCAGCAAAUUGAAAUGGCACCAAGUAGGAGCCCUGGCAGAGGCAGGGCAGGAACUACCCGAGUAUCACCUCAUUCUACAGGAUCACUUACAGAAAACAGGAGUCAAGGUCGUUAUCCGCCACGACAUUGUACAAACUCACGAUCUGAGUUAUGAUGUCACACAGAUUUUUGCCGAUCUGCGAGCAAGAAAUGUGAGGAUAAUUAUUGCUGAUUUCUAUGUAGGAGCAGCGCGUGCAAUCAUGUGUGAAGCCUACCGACAGAGGAUGACUGCCCACGAAGGAUAUGUCUGGUUCCUACCCUCUCUGUGGUACUCUUUCGGCUGGUGGCAGGUCCAUCACGAGGCUGCCGACAUCCCCUGUACCACCCAACAGAUGCUUUACGCCAUUGAUGGUCAUUUUAUACUGUCAAAGACUUUUGCCGACUCGGAUCAAACCGUGAUUAUGGGAAACUUUACUGUAGGAAUGUUUAAGAAGUUGUAUGCAGAAAGAGUUGGAAAAGCAAAUGUGAAACCCAGUCCGUACGCUAACUAUGUGUAUGAUGCUGUGUGGGUUUAUGCUCUCGGACUCCACAAGCUUCUCAGCUCUCAACCAGGAGCCCUAGAGCUGCUUCAUCAGAAAUCUACAGCAAAUACCUUGGUGCAUUACUUUAAUGAGACAAACUUUCAAGGCGUGUCCGGGAGGGUACGGUUUGACGGAGGAGACAGACCCGGUCAGAUACAAAUCAUGCAAUUCUUCCAUAACAUCACAAGGGUUGUGGGCAAGUACACCCCUGGGGUUCCCGCGGGGGCAGGGACACUGGAACUGUACCAGUCCCACAUCAAAUGGCUGACCCCUGGUGGUCAAACUCCUAGUGAUGGACAGCCAGAGGAGAAGUUGUGCGUGAUAGAAGAUUUCCGUGAGAUGUUCAGUGUCAGCUGCGAGAUGUCCAUUGUCAUCGCUAACGUCAUUGGAUUCGGAGUGUUCGUCAUCUUAGUCGUGUUUGUACUGGUCGUCAUCAAGUUCAGGUUUGACAAGAAGAUGCGGAGCACACACGAUCGUAUGAAAGAGUUAGGUCUCCUUUCCCAGGAUUUCUCGUGUCUGUCCCUUGAUGAGUGGGAGAUCCGACGAGACAACGUAGUCCUUAACAGGAAGCUGGGCGAGGGCGCGUUUGGUACAGUGUUUGGGGGUGAAGCCUAUCAGGAAGAUGAGGGAUGGGUACCCGUUGCUGUAAAAACCCUUAAAAUAGGAUCAAGGGUAGAGGAAAAGAUUGACUUCCUGACUGAAUCGGAGAUCAUGAAACGGUUUUCGCAUCCCAAUAUUGUCAAGUUACUAGGGGUGUGUACUCGAGGUGAGCCGGUACUGGCUAUAAUGGAGUACCAUCUCCAUGGUGAUCUUAAGACCUAUCUGCUGUCCCGAAGAAGUCUAGUCGGACAGGUGUCACGCGAGGCAGAAGAUAUCAGUGCGGAACGUCUCACUCAGAUGGUGCUUGAUGUGACUAGUGGUCUGAAGUACAUACAUGACCUCAGAUACGUACAUAGAGACUUGGCCUGUAGGAAUUGUCUUGUUCAUGCUAAUCAGACUGUGAAAAUUGGAGAUUUCGGAAUGACAAGGACACUCAUAGAGUCUGAUUACUACAGAUUCACCAAAAAAGGGAUGUUACCUGUGCGAUGGAUGUCCCCAGAAAGCCUAUGGGAUGGAAUGUUUACCUCCAAGUCAGAUAUAUGGAGUUUUGGGAUCUUGGUUUUUGAGGUUGUAACAUUUGGGAGUUUUCCUUACCAAGGCCUGUCAAAUAACCAGGUGCUAGAGUUUGUAAAGAAGGGAAACCGACUUAUUCUGCCUGGAAACUGUCCAGAAGAUUUGUGUGACUUUAUACAUUCCUGUUUGUCUUAUGAAGCAAAUGAUCGUCCAGAUAUCGAGGAUAUAUUUGACAAGUUGACAAAGGAUCCGUCAUUUAUUCAACCGUGUCUGGAUGCUCCCACUACAAGUGUUGUAAUAGAAGAUAUGGAAUCGGUAGAACUUGUUAACGCUUCCUGUCAAAGCACAAUCACAAAAUCACAUUCGGUGCUACCAACCCUGCUAAACAGAUUAUCACAGACUUCUCAGGAUGUUAAACGCCUUAGUUCGGGGAGUCAGGGUAACAAACUCUCAACGCCCACAAAACUAUCAAUCAAAACUUUUGUGCCUUCUAUAUUUACACGUUCCCGCAGCAACAGCCUUGAUCUGGUAGCCCAAUCACCGUGUAAAAAGGACCUGUACAAUCAAUUUGAAGAAAUCCAAGACAAUGAAAGUCCCGAAAAUUGUGAAACAGCCGUAAAAUCCAAUCGCAACUCACAUGAAAUCCACGGAGACAGUGGUUAUAGCCAUUAUCCUCUAUUAAGCCCGGGUGAGCGAGGCGACUCCACUAGUGAUUAUUUCAGUGAUUAUUCAAAAGAUCAGCUGACAGUCCUGGAAAUGUGUGAAACUGUUACCUCUGUCUGAGGAUAGGCUGGAGGUUUUUUUUUUUUUUUUUUUGUUAAUUGAACUCUCGCAAUUAAUUCUUGAGACUAUAUGAGCUCUCCCUCAGAAUUAAGACUUUGGAAGGACAUGUGAACGAACUUGAGUGACUGCACUCCGAGGCUGAAGACUGUAAGGACCGUUAAUUCUUAGAAUCUGCUGUGAACUCUAGUAAUGUCUAUUUUACUACAUCUGACAUUAUUUCUGAUGAGGAUCUUAACUGACCUACCGAUCUGUUUGAGGCUUGAGAAAUUUAAGCUCCCAUCUUAAUUAAGAAUGUGACCUUCAUAUCAGGACUGUGGAUUUGAAGGACUUAUUAUAUACAUUCCAUAAAACAUGUGCUAUGAACUUUUUUUUAAUUUCAUCACAUUUUUUUCGUGAUACUGUUGGUUAAACAUGGUAAACCCGCAGCCUGAUCAGGAGAGUAAUUUUAGCAUUAAUACAUUUGUAUCUUUCCAAAUAUCUUUUAACAAUACCUGGGGAGAAAAAGCAUUUUAAUGAAAUAAUGUUUGCCACAGAUUUUUAUAUAGGUGUACAUGUAUAUAUAUAUAUUUCUUACACAUUUUUGUGUGAAUUCAUUCAGGAUUGAUAGCAUUAUAUACACAUACUACAUUGUAUGUAGUUUAUAUUUAACAUAAUAUGAAAUAUAUUUUUUGUGCUGUUCAGAUGUUUCCUGUAUGUGUACUUUAUAUGUAAAAUUUUACAAUGUAAAUGUUUUUGCAAAGUUUAUGUGAGAAUUGGUAUUUUUGCACUGUAAAAAAUACCUGGUAGCAAACUUGUAAUGAUUUUAGAAAUCUAUUGUAUGUGACAAUUUGUAAAUUUACACUGUAAAAAGUAAGCAAGAAUGUAAAGAUUUUACAAAUAUAUGUGAGAAUUUGUAUUUUACACUGUAAAUAGAAAAGCACAAAAUUAAAUGUAAAAUUCUUAAAUCCUUUACGAUUUUUAGAAAAAGAACAAAAUAGAAUGAUGUACUAGAAAAUAAUAACUCUUGUGUUCUUAAAUGAAUGAAUUAUGUAGAAAUUGCAAUAAACUAGUCUGCAUAUUUAAAAAGGUAUUGACUUGAAAUGUACAUUCUUACACUCGGGUCCUAGAAUAAGAAGUUUUACAUCAAAGAACAGAUUUUAAAUAAAUUGCAUGUGGGAUACCGACAAUAGUUUUCAAAAACCCUAAUCCACUAGUUAAUUAAUUUCCUAAACUAAAUAUGAUAGCUCUAAAUGGAUAAUAUUGUUUAAAUCUCCCUUUUUUUUUCAAAUAAAUAUAUAUCUGCCAGGUACUUCAAUUAACAACCCAUUGUUUAUUACUCCUCUGGAGAUUUAUGUAAAAUUAAAUAUCUCAAUACAUAAAAAGUAAAAAACAUAUAUAAAUAUACACUGUGUACUUGGAAUUAAUGUAUUAAAGUGUAAGAUUUAAAAAUGAUCCCCAUGACCUAGUUAUGUAUGAGUAAAAAUUUUAAACCCACCCCUGACUGAGUUGAUUUGGCCCCUGGGUUUAUUGCAUGAUAAAUACGGUAUGUAUACGUCACAAAUCUAAACCCAACCCUGACGGAGUCGUGUCGGCCCCAUGGUUUAUGGCAUGAUAAAUAUAGUAUGUAUAUGUCACAAAUCAAAACCCAACCUUGCUUGAGUCGUGUUGGCCCCAGGGUUUAAUAUUGCAUGAUAAAUAUGGUAUGUACAAGUCACAUAUUCAAAUCCAUCCCUAACUGAGUGGUGUUGGCCCCAUAGUUUAUGUACGAUAAGUACAGUAUGUAUAUACAAUUUAACCCAACCCUGACAGGAGUCGUGUCAGCCCCUGUGUUUAUUGCAUGAUAAAUACAGUAUGUACAAGUCACUAUUUCCAAUCAAUGUUCAACAUUUACAUUGCCAUCUACAUGUUCUUUGUAAUGAAUAUUAUUUUUGAUACCACUAUUAAUAAUUUUUAACAUUUUUUGACAUCGGAAAAACUUUUCUGAUAUUUCUUGCUCUGUAAAUUUACAUGCAGCCAGUAGAUCUUAUAUUUUUUUUUUUAAUUAUUAUCUAGGUUUUAUAAAACUAAGGAAAGCCUCUAUGCAAGUGAACAUUUAGCCGAGCAAUCAAGGAUUUUGAUUAAUCAGAUUGUACAACUAUAAUUGUGAUAGAAGACUUCAGUUUUUUUCUCCUACCUGAAUUUUAUUUACCUAAGCUUCAAAGUAACCGGUGCUGAAGGAAAACAACUACACAAAAAGAUUGGUUUCAAAGAUUUUUGUAAUCAAAAGUUUAUAUCAUUAUGGAGUUAUUAUCUCCCUUUUCGGAGUAGUUUGCGAACAUAUAUUGUUAACGGUUUUUCAGCAGAAAGAAAGGGUUACUGAUUGUGAUGUCUCAUCUGCUACUGGACUGAAUUAACCCAGGUGAUCACCGAUUGGCUCAGUCAAAAACAGUGAACAAAGUUAUUUAGAAAUACAAUUCUACUUUUUCUUAAGAAAAAUGAUUUAUGGUGUAGAAAUAUGUGUUCUUUUGAUAAUAAAAAUUGUGUCAAAAUAUC